CCGGCGUCUCCUGUCAGCGAAAUUAAGCCCGGGCUACACUUUUCUUUUGGAUGUCACAAUACUUUUCAGACAUGUUUCAGGCGUUCAACAAGUUAAAAGAGCGCGCGGAGAAAUUCUUGAACGAAAAAAACUUUGUGACAGACUGCCUGUCCAAAGUAGAAGAAUGGACGGGAAUUAAGAAGCGCUACCUGGCAAUAGGUGCCACCUCCCUCACGGGCCUCUACCUGGUGUAUGGCUACGGAGCAGCUCUCAUCUGCAACCUCAUCGGCUUCGUGUAUCCUGCUUAUUACUCGAUCAAAGCCAUCGAGAGUGAGGACAAGGAGGACGACACCAAGUGGCUGACCUACUGGGUGGUGUACGGCGUGUUCAGUCUGGGCGAGUUCUUCUCCGACAUCUUCCUCUACUGGUUCCCCUUCUACUACGUCUGCAAGUGUCUGUUCCUGCUGUGGUGCAUGGCGCCGGUGGCGUGGAACGGUUCCCAGGUGCUGUACCGGCGCGUGGUGCGGCCCGUCUUCCUGCGUCACGAGGCCACGGUGGACAACAUGGUCAGCGACCUGAGCGGCAAGGCCAUGACGGCGGCCGAGAACGUCACCAGAGAAGUGCUGCAGACGCUGGUGAAGAACAAGGUCAACCCCAUGGACGGUCUGAGGAGGCGCAACAUGGAGGGCACCAUGAAGGGAGAGUUACCGGAACCCGCUCAGCCGUAGACGGGGAUGAAGAGGAGGAGGAGGAGGAGGAAGAUCAUCUGAAGAGCCAGUGAUUCACACCAAGAAGAGCGAGUGGUUCUCACGGCCAACAGGACGUCUUCCUCACGGGCCAUCUUCUUCAUCGUGGGGAAAAAACGACGUGACACAAAAGAACUAGACUUGAUCGAUAAUGGACAGAAACAUGUCGUUCAGAAGACUUGACAGGAAUGUUGAACAUUGGGGGGAUUGAUAGUUACAUAUUCCGAUUUCACUUACGGGCACUGCACAUUCUUAGAAUAGGAUCCAAGCACAGUUCUUUGGUUUUGUUUUAGAUAUUAUUUCACAUAGUUUCCUCAAAAUGUUAUAUUUCCAUCACAUUUUGUGUUUGUUAGUUAAUGUGUUUAACAUUGACUAACAGCUGGCUAUUGAUCACAAUCAUUAAUCAGUCAUCACAUCAGUUUGUGAUAAACCUUUUUGCCAAUUCA